AUGAAAGAAAUCCUCACCAAACAAGUGCAGAGGCUUCAGGCAGCCAGAAAUGGCUACGCAGUAAUACUCGAAGACAAACUCAAGGAGCACAGCGUACGUCCCGAGCACUUGCUGUGCUUUUACAAGGAGAUACGGCGCAAUACAUCCAAUCCCAACCCCGAUGAUGCUAUUGCGUACGGAAACAGAGAGCUACUUCCGCUGGAUAAGCCAUUCACACCGGAGUUCGCGUAUGUAGAGUGUGCCACAAAACAAUCACCAAGCCAAACAUUUCACAAACAGUUUCUACUGAACGUGGUUGUCAAGUGGGAUGCCGAAGAGCGUUGCCGAAACACUAAGUACACGACGCCGCACAAUCUCAGCAUCUUGGUACUCGGCCUGGACUCAGUCUCAUAUCUUAAUCUGGACAGACACUUACCGGGGACGUCUCAGUUCAUGCGUCGGAACCUUAAUGCCUUUGAACUGCGUGGAUACAAUAAGAUUGGGGACAACACGUAUCCGAACCUACACGCCCUCCUCACGGGGCUCAAGUACGCCGAGACUCAGAAGUACGUGUCCGAAGGAUUCUACGACAACCUCACUUCGCGCAUCAUCUGGCACGAGUAUGGUAAACGGGGCUAUUUUACAAUGUUCUCUGAAGACUGGCCAGUGGUACGGCACUUUUCAUCGCUUCACGCCAGAUACGCCGACAAGAUUUUUCUGACGCACCUGCAACUGCUACACGCUUCUGGUACGCUCGAUAACAUGGUGCUCAUUUUCCUCAGCGACCACGGCUUGCGGUUCGGUGAUCUGCGCUCAACGUACAUCGGCAAAUUCGAGGACCGCCAGCCUUUUGCCUUCGUGGCUUUUCCGCAGUGGUUCCUCGAGCAGAACCCGAAUGCAGCAGGCAAUCUUCGCGUCAAUCAGUUUCGCCUUACCACUCACUUCGACGUCCACGCGAUGCUCGCCGAGCUCCUGGACUAUCCGAACAUCGAGAGACCACAGACUACGUAUGGCCGGAGCCUGCUGCACGAGAUACCUGAGGGCAGGACAUGCGCUGAUGCCCAUAUCGGGCCGCAUUGGUGCGUGUGCAGCGUUCGCAGUGACGUCACCGUCACCAGUACGCUCGCCUUGGCAAUGGCCGACAAGCUUGUCUCUUGGAUCAAUAGACUGGUGGCGCGGGCAACGCGCAAGUGUGCCGAGUACCAUCUGCUCAAAGUUAUGGACGUGACGGCAAUACACGGGAAGCCGGAUGAUCACGCACACAACGCGAGUAAUUUUUAUUGGAUUACUAUCCAGCUUUCGCCAGGCAACGCUGUUUUCGAGGGCACUGUACACGUCAUUGCCGAUGCCAUGACUGUGCUUAGUGAUACAUCCAAUAUGAGCGGCGGUGAGUGA